AUGCGCAAAUCCAACCCACUAGUCACCCACAUAGAGCUCUCUGCCUCCAGUCAUUCUGCUGCUGAGAAAUUUCCACACCGCAGUCUCUCACCAGUCCUGCUCGUCACGCUGGCGUCCGCCGCCUCCCUGGCCUCUUUCGCCACUCGUGGGCUGUUCUCCGCCACAGCGCGCAACCGUCGUGCUUCGUCCCUGUCCAGGGGCCGUGAUUGGGGCGAGUCCAGGGUAUCUUACUUCCGCCAGCGCUUCCACUCGCAACGCCUCACCAUGGCGUCCGCCCAGCAGUACAGCGCGGAGGAGAUUCACAAGAUGUCGGACCAGGAGAAGCAGGAUUUGGACCGUCGCGUGCAGGAAGGGGAGACGGUGGUGAAGGGCGGAACUGGAGGCAAGUCACUGGAGGCCCAGCUUCACCUGGCUGAAGGCCGCCAUAAGGGAGGCGAGAGGGGCGGACAGGCGCGCGCGGAGCAGAUCGGCAGCGAGGGGUACCAGGAGAUGGGGCGCAAGGGCGGGCUGUCCACCACGGAGCAAUCCGGCGGAGAGGCUGCGGCCGAGAAGGGGCAUGGGUCACAUGAGGGGGGCCAUGCGACUGCAGGAGGGGGUGCGCAGUCCGCUGCAGCAAAGCACCAGUACUCGUACGAGGAAGUGAACAAGAUGCCUGCAGACCAGCGCAAGGAGCUGGAGAAGCGUGCAGAGGCAGGAGAGACAGUGGUGAAGGGGGGAACUGGGGGCAAGUCCCUUGAUGCCCAGCUGCACCUGGCCGAAGGACGUCAUCGUGGUGGGGAGAGUCGCAGGCACAGGUAA